UCUUGGGAGCCCCCCACCUCAGAAGGUCAUCAUUCAAGUGCUGACUACAGUACUCCAGACCUGGCAAAUUUCACUUAUCACGAGAUAUGUUUGUUAAAACAGCAAAACUAUUUCAUAUAACAGAAUGACAGUCCAAACAACCAACUCCAAAAACGCCGAGAAGUCGAAAUUUUCACAAAAAUGUGUAGAGGUUAGAUCAUUCUAUAAUAAACAUUUUCCCACAGACCGACGUACGUUUAAUUUUAGAUUACCUUUUGUCGGUUUGAUCCUUUCAGUUUUGGGAUUACAUUUUGUUACUUCUGAAUUUGCGGUGCAAUGGUAUUUUCAAAGAGAAAUCAACGACCUCGCCCGUUAUUGUUACAUUUUUGCGGCAGCGGGUGUUGGAUAUGAAUUGUACUACGGAUUAAAAAUUGGAGACCGGAAGCAGUAUACGCCUUGGAUAUUACUAAAAUUCAUUGAGUUAUGUUUUAUUUUCGCAACAAUCAUCUAUAUUUUUGUUGACAGCAGGAAUCGUCUAAAUCUAAAAGCAGCAGUUAUUGUUUAUGGCUUCAUCUUACUAGUUCUCAACGGCUUUGUUACUUACAUCGUAACAUCUACAUCAUGGAGACAAUUUCAUGGAAAUGCACCAAAGACUAAUUCCGAUGAGAACAUUUAUGAUACUUAUGAUGAUGUUUAAUAAAUUGUACAUAAUAUACAUAAAACUUUUUUGUACCAAUGCUUAGUAUUAGAAUUGUCCUUGUAUACACUUGAUUAAUAAAGCGUUUCUUACA